UCGGUCAACAUCUUUUGCCAUGGCAACAACGGGCAUGCAAUUGCUAGGCCUGAUCCUGUCCAUCAUAGGCUGGGUGGGUGGGGCCAUAGUGUGCACCAUCCCUCUGUGGCGUGUCACUGCCUUCAUCGGUAACAACAUCGUGACAGCUCAGAUCAUCUGGGAGGGCCUUUGGAUGACUUGCAUUGUGCAAAGCACGGGUCAGAUCCAAUGCAAGGUGUAUGACAGCAUGCUUGCCCUACCCAGCGAUAUGCAGGCUGCCCGGGGCCUAACGGUACUCUCGAUCCUUAUGUGUGGCUUGGCUCUGGCUCUGGGCGUUGUGGGAGUCAAGUGCACCAAGUGCAUCGGUGUAAACAGCCUGAAGGCCCGCAUUGCUCGCAUCUCCGGUGCCCUCUUUGCCAUCGCUGGGUUCCUCUACCUUGUGCCCAUCUGCUGGACUGCCCACUCCAUCAUCAGGGAUUUCUACGACCCACAUGUGGCAGCCCCGCACAAGCGUGAGCUGGGCCCUGCCCUCUACAUCGGCUGGGGAGCUUCCGCCUUGCUUCUUAUUGGGGGAUCUUUGCUCUAUGCUGGGUCAAGUCCCCCCGGCAUCCCAGGCUCUCCCACCUUCAGCAGUGGAGAGAGCAGUCCUCGCAGGGCACCCGCCACACAAGUGAAGGGUUAUGUCUAAGCCUCCAAGAAGUCUAGAUACCACCCAGUCCCACAAAUCUGCCCUGACCAAUGACAAACCUUAUUUUUUUCUCUCUCAUGGUAUUGCUCCUUUUAAUUCUUUGAUAUUUAAUGUUACUCCAUUUUGCUUUUUUUUCUUCGUUCUGAUAAGCCACAGGAGGCCAUUUCAGGAUAUUUGAACUCAUUUUGUUAUUUCGUACCCCGUGUCCUCUGAUAACCUUUUUAUCUGUCUGACAGUGUAAAAAUGCAAUAAAAUUUCGAUUUUCCAAUUCCUCCACUGAAUAAAAGGUGUGAAUCCAUGUUUUUAUGGAAUAAACACAUAUGGAAACUGUUUUUCUAUUGAAUUUUAGUGCUUGUUAUAUUGAAUGGUGCAGGCAGAAGAGAUGAGGUCCUUGUCUCUUUUCUCAUUUAUCUGAAC